AUGUCGCCACGUCAACUACGCAAACGUCAGACAGCAGCGAACGCUUCGGCAAGCCCUCCGGGCAAAAAACGCGCCGGGCAAAAGUCACCAAAGCUGGAAACUUCCGAAAUUGAAGGUGGAUCGGAAUUGAAAUUGGCACUAAACAAACCAGCACCAUAUCACGAUGAGCCAGGUGCCGUAGCGGAGAGGAAUAGAGUUGACUACACGAAAAAGAUUACACUUCAACAGGCUUACGAGAACUCAGGUGAGUAGAGGGAUUUUAAAGAUUAAACUUAAAAAGUACAGUAGAAAUUCUGUAGAACGAACUCUACUAUAAAGAACCUUUGGUAUAACGAACAACUUUUAAUUCCUGAUUAAAACUACACAGUGCAUUUAAAACCCCAGUGUACCGAAACUCCAUUAUAACGAACAAAGUUAACUCCAUUUUUACAAAAAAAAGUGUCCCCGACUACCCUUCAGUGUCUUUGAUACAGAACCUUAAAAUAAAUGAGAUCAGGUUCUCUGAGCUCAUUACAACACUUUUGAAAACUUUGUACUUCCGUUGGUUUAUGUUUUUUAUCGAAUAUUGAUAAAGAAUGUAUUCAACAUGUGGUUGCAAAAAUGUGGCGCCACUUUUUGAUGAAUCACCAAGUUUAAAAAAGGGUUUGAAGGGUCAAAAGAGCGGUCAUCAAUACUUAAAAUAAGAUAAUAUGGAAACAAAAUUUUAUGACAAGAUGCUAUAGCAAUAAAAAAAGAUUAAAGAAAAUAUCGUACUUCUGAUAAUACAGUGGAACUCUUGUAUAGCAAACUCCCCUAUAACAAAAAUCUCAUGUAAAGAACAACUUUUAAGUCAGCGGCUAACUCUAUACAGGGCUUUUAAAACUCCUGUAUACCGAAAGCCGGAGAUUUAAAGUUGUUCGUCAUACAGAGACUUCCUUAUAGAGUAGUUCGUUACACAGGUGUUCCAGUGUGUAUAUUUUAAAUAGUCAAAAAAAGUAACAAAUGAAUGAAUUAUGAUAAAUGAUUUUUUUUAGCCGGUAGACCAGUUCGAGUAUUUGCUGAUGGUAUCUACGAUUUGUUUCACCAUGGUCAUGCCAAUCAGUUGAGACAAGCCAAGAACGCUUUCCCUAACGUAUACCUUAUUGUUGGAGGUAGGUAUCUUAUUUUGUAUACAAUUUGUUGGUUUCAAAGGAGCGAAAGUUUGGAUUUUGCUUUGAAGACAUAACGCUGUUUAGUAUUUUUUAAGUGAUUUACAAGCUUUACUGACCGUAGUGAUAGAAUAAUGGGGUGAAACAAUAUAAUAUAAAAUUUACAGGUUUUAAUGGUCUUAUAAUGAUAGAUCAAUGAGGUAAAACAAUAUAAUAUAGAGUGUACUGAUUUUACUAAUCUUAUAGUGAUGGAAUAAUGAAGUUAAACAAUAUAAUUCUAGUAUGCGGAGACAAAAACACUCACAAAUACAAGGGUCGUACAGUAACAGAAGAGUCGGAACGUUUCGAAGCCGUCCGACAUUGUAGAUAUGUUGAUGAAGUUUACAGAGAUUCACCAUGGUACGUCACUGUGGACUUUUUGAAGGAGCUUAAGGUAAGAACAAUGCAUUUUACAAAUAAAUGGUUUAUAGGAUUUAAUGGUAAUAUUUAGCAAAAAGUGUUUGUGAUGUAAAAAAACUAAAGUCGUAAAAAAAUUACUUCUAAUCAUAGCAAAUAUUAAAAAAAUUAAAAUUUCCAGGUAGACUUUAUUGCUCAUGAUGCCCUGCCUUAUAUUGCACCAGGAGAAGAAGAUUUGUACGAAAAGUUCAGACGAGAAGAGAUGUUUGUAGAAACACAAAGAACCGAAGGAGUAUCCACGUCGGAUGUGGUAUGCCGUAUCAUCCGCGACUACGACAAAUACGUGCGGAGAAACCUGCAGCGAGGUUACUCAGCCAAAGAAUUGAAUGUGGGAUUCUUUUCGGUAGGUUUAUAUCGGUUUAGAUGGAGAUUUGGUGCAAUUUUUUCUGAGGAGACGGUUAAGCUACCUUUCUGUUAAUCUAAAUUAAUAUCUGUUGAUUAAACUCUAAUUUCAGGCCCAACGAUACCAAUUACAGAACCAAGUUGACAGUCUGAAACAAAAAGGUGCUGAGCUUCUGAACAGUUGGAGAACGCGUUCAGAUGAGCUGGUCAGAGGCUUCUUAGACACCUUCCACAAAGAUGGUCAUAUUACCCUAAAUUUGGGAUCAAAACUGAGGGAGUUGGUCAGUAGAUCACCAUCACCAGCGUUGGAGAAUGGCUCAGCGGAUGAGGAGGAAAAUGACACUAAUGACAACAUCAAAGCUUCAAAACAAGUAGUCUAA